CCAAUCGACUUUGGUAGUGGGGCCCCUGAUUUGGGAAUUCUAAUGCAGUCUAAAGAUGAUGACAAGGACUGGAAAAUAACUGAGAAAAAAACUCCAACUAAAUCCACUGGACCUACAGCUGACCAUUCAACAGGCUCAGGGUAUUAUGGAUAUUUGGAAGCAUCAGGAAUAGCCAUUGGAAGUAGGGCAUCAUUUGAGACACCCUGGUUCGCUGCUGGUGAAGGAUGCAAUAUAAGUUUCUUUUACCAUAUGUCUGAUCGUUCAAAAUAUGGUGAUUCCAUGGGAACCCUAAGUGUAGAGAUAAAAACAGUAGAUAAAACAUGGUUCAUGGUAUUCUGGAAGGCUGGAGAUCAAGGCAACACAUGGCAUCAAGGAACUGUUGAUCUCUCGGUUUAUGAAGGACUUGUUGCCGUACGAUUUACCGCAGCCAAAGGAAGAAGACAAUACAGUGAUAUUGCCUUGGAUGACAUAGUGUUCAGUGCAAGUUGUGGUUCUGAAAAAGCUUGUCGCAGUCCAGAUGUUAUUCCCAUCUUUGGAACCAAAGAAGAAACAGGCAUACAUUUGUCUGUGAGUAGUGGCAGUAUUCUGGGUGGAGUGAAUACAAAUCAUUCUAUCAGAGGCAACUUGUCCUUUACUUACAACACCUGGACACACGUGGCCUUGCAGUAUAAUGAUCAGACGAAACAACAAGUUCUGUUUGUUAACGGCAGAGUGCAUCAAGUAAUGAGCAAUGUUUCAGCCUCCUGGUUGCCAUCAAACCUCCUCUUGGGAAUGGAUGGUGCACAGUAUAUGGCUGGACAGAUAGACGAGGUCCAAAUCUGGAAUGCCGCUGUCAAUGUGUCUGUUUUCUAUGACAAAUACUUGAGGGGCACUGAAGAAGGGCUGGUCAGAUAUUACAAGUAAGAUGGAGAUAAAAAACAAAUGUACAAAACGACAACCAUCUUGACUCUAGCAAACAAAGGAACAGUGGCAUAAGCUCAAUGAUACUUUUGCAAGCCCAAAUCUUGAAAAUGAUUUAAUUUUGCUGCCCUUAUUAAAUUAUCAUCAGACCUACUUGUUCAAAGAUUGGACAAAGCUAUU